UACAUCACAGAUUAACGUUGUAUUCGCAACAGACAACAGCUUCAGAACUCGAUUUGAUAAAAGGAAAUCAGAGAGAUCAGUCGCCAAACCUUAUUAUACACGCAUUAAUCUAAUAUCAUCAUCUAGAGUAUCUAGACAGUGCUCGAAUAUUAUCGUAGCUAUUGAAAAAGAAACGCAAGAUCUUGGUUCGACUGAUUAAGAUUCAGCGGAAAAUUGUGGAGAUUUGAAGAAGAUAAAAAUACCCAUACUGAGACGAAAAUGGAACAGAAAGUAUCUUCAUUAUUUUUACCUUCAUAUAUCAAGAGCUAUUCUCAAACAACGUUUGAAGUGACUACGUCUGACUAUACAUGGAAAAUUGAUCAAUUUGGGCGUCUUGCUGUAAUCGUAGAUACAUUAAAUUCUCCACCAUUUGGAGAAAACAACCAAUACAAGAUUGAAAUAAGUAUUUCACGUCAAGAUUUGCUAUGUGGUUUACGAAUUUCAAUACGUACUGAUACAGCAUUUAGCGGUUCAUGUACGACUACUAUAAUGCAUCCGCCUGAAACAGUUUUAUCAUCAAGAUCGAUUUCGAGUCUUAUAUCGGAUAUGACAUUGUUAAUUGAUGUCUCGGACCACUCGUACAUUUCUACAGAGUCAUUUAUAAUACAUUGCAAAAUUGAAAAUUUUCAUCAAUUGGUAAAUAAUACUAUACAUAUGAAUUUACAACCAUCUGCACCGGUAUUUAAAGAGGUAAACUCUCAUGAAGACUCAACUUUUGAAUUCGAGUCUAAGAAUGAGAAAUCAAUCAAAUUUAUAGUGGGAGAAGAAGAGUAUAUUAUAUCAAAAAAAAUAUUGUGCGACACCAACAGUAGUUACUUUAAGUAUAUCUGUCUUACACAUAAGGAAAAAGAAAAAGACAUGACAAGUGAAUUAGUAACGGAUGAUGAAGUAAAAUCUUUUAAACAGGUUUUAUUAUAUAUUACAACUGACUCCAUUGAUCGGGGUGAUUAUGAGAUGCUUAAAAAAUUAUUAACAGCAGCGGAUAAAUAUGAUGUCCAAACUUUAAAAUUAACGUGUGAAUAUUAUUUGUUACGCAGUCUUACGAUUGAAAAUGCCGCUGAACUUGUACAGCUUGCGCUUUCGUCUAAUGCAAAAUUUUUAGAAACGCAUUCAGUAACUUUUAUUAAAUUUCACAUAAAAGAAAUUAGGGACACUAAAACAUUUCAAAGUUUAUCGCAAGAAGAUUUAAAUAAGAUAAUGGAAUUGAUUGAGAAAAGUAAAACACUUGAAAUCAGUACUCAACUUUUUUCGUCACCACCUAAAUCUAAGACAACGACACAUCAGAAAUCUAAUUAUAAUUAUCAUUUUCAGUACCGACUACCGUCAGUACAUUUCAGAAUACUCCUAACGAAAGAAUUAAAAGGUUUUAACGUUAUGUGA